AUGGAGAGACAUGGGCUGGCCGUGGGUAACUUGCUUCGUGUGGACAGGCCGACAUGCGGGGAGGGGGAACAGAUGGAGACUGGAGACUGGAGACUGGAGACUGGAGACUGGAGACUGGAGAAGAAGGACUCAUUGGAGCGUGCGGCCGAAACCACAGGCCGGCCAGCUCAGCAUGAUAACAUCCUCGCGGUUCUACUGGCCGAGACAGAAGUCAUGAUGGAGUCGAUAUGGAAACCGAAGGGAGGCAGGCUGGGCAAGACUGGGCAAGACGGGGCGGACGAAGAAGCGCGGAUGCGACCGCAAACAGAGUCGCAUUCUGCCGCAUGCAACUCUCCGCAUGCGGGGACCCCGUACUGUAUGUACCGUACAGUAAUAUUACCUCGCCUGCAGACGGUCCCGGGCGUCACCUCGGUCUGCUGUUGGUUUCUGGGUAUACCACAUCGGCAUGCCGAUGUCACCUCUGCAGAAAACAAUGGAUGUUACAUCAUCGCACCACCCAUGCUUUAUCUGCCAUACUUCCCCUAA